AUGGCUGCUGUGAGGUCAAGAAUGAAAUGGCUACAUCAUGUCCAGAAGACAGCCUUCCAAAAUAUUCUUUGUGGUGUUCUCGGGGUAAAGCUGGGCACACAGUCCAUUCCCAUCACCACUGCUUGUACCAGUUGUCAUAAGUUCUUCUGCAAGAUCAACCUGGGCACCUAUGACCCUUACCUGGUUGCCAUGUCUUACAUUUACUUGGCUGGCAGAGUAGAGGAGCAACACCCGUGUACUCAUGACAUUAUCAAUGUGUCCAAAAGGAACUUUAAUCCAAGCAGUGAGCUUUUGGAGCUGGAUUCCUGCUUGUGGGAGCUUCAGGGUAGCAUUUUGUAGUGGGAGCUCCUCAUGCAUUUCAAGGUCUCCUUGCAGCAUCCAUACAUGCACCUGUUCCACUACCUGACUUCCCUCAAGAACUGGUCGAAUUGUUACAGCUGCCAGUAAACCCCUAUCUCCAUCACAGCCUGGGCUCUGCUGGGCGGCAGCUACCAUGGAGAGUGCCUCUGGGUCCAGGCUCAGCUAGCUGUGGCAGUGUUCCACCUGGCCCUACAGGUCUGUGGAGUUGAGGGGCCUGCUGAAGCCGUGGUGGCUGAUCAAUGUACUGAACUGGCCACGUGUACCGAGAUCUUACGGAACCGACGCCCCUUCCGGUUGGUGAAGUGCAAGAGCCAGGUGCUCUUGGGGGAGGGGGCAGCUGCAUGGAUUCCUGGCUGCUGA